AUGGACAUUCUUGAUGUAGAUAUGUUGGACGUGAUUCCCCUGUCUGCCAUUCCAGAUGACGCUCCUGGUUCAUCCUCCACUACAUGCCCUACUCAAGAUUUUAUCCUCCCAAAUCCAAAUCGCACAGAUGUGCGCAACCCGGAUAAUUAUUAUUAUACUAAUGAUCUGGUGCCUAAACGAGUCCCCGUGCACAUUCGUGAGAAUGUAGCUGCUGGAGGGGACACCGAUGAGGAUCACAUUCCGGAGCAAACUACUCCCGCUACUGACCCACACACCACACACACUUCAUUUAAAAAUGUUGCAGGUAUUUAUCGAUUAAAACGUUUACCGUUACGUAAGUAUUGGCUAAAAGGAGAAAAGGCUGGAACUUCGGAGAUUUUUGCGGUCCUAUCUGGAACUCCUGACAAUGUGAGGGUGAACAAAGAUGGUGAUUUUUGGGUUGCACUUCCCAAUAGAAGAUCUAUGUAUGUAUACCUUACUGGUUUAUAUCCAAGGAUAAGGAAAUUUAUACUUAAGCUUCCUAUACCAACAAAGUUUCAAUUCCUGUUUCUAAUUGGAGGAAAACAACAUGGUGUGAUUGUGAAGUAUAGUCCUAAAGGUAAAUUGCUGCAGAUAUUGGAAGACACUGAAGGAAAAGUUGUUAGAGUUGUGAGUGAAGUUGAGGAGAAAGAUGGUCAACUUUGGAUAGGAAGUCCUAUUAUGCCUUUCAUUGCGGUUUAUAAAUUGUAA